CUGUCAAAACUAUGGGAUCGCGAAUACUAUAAAUUGAUUAUAAAGAUAAAAAUGGAAACGAAUGUCGUGAUUAAUUAUUUGCUGAGUACUAUAAAUUGUUUAAUAUGUGAAAUAUGUUAGUGUAAUUUAAGUAAUAGCAAAAUGGAUAACGCGACUGGAACAGUCGAUCCAGUGGCGGCGAGAUGGAACUCGUCGUCGAUAGAUUUCGCAGAGAUCACGAUGGAUCGGAACUUCGCGUUGCUUCUGGUCUCUCUGAUAUCUGCCAUCCUAUGGGUGGUUUAUAUAACGUACUACAAUAGCCGUGUCCUCGGCUACAUACUUACUAGACUCAUUAACAAAUUCUACUUUCAAGAUGAGAACUUCAAGAUUGGUUCAUUCACUCUCAAUGCUCUCUCCGGUAAGAUAAUGUUCCGAGACAUAGUGUACAUUAACUAUGACUACACACUGCGCAUUCAAGAUGGAUAUCUGAUAUUCAGAUGGUGGCGAUCUUAUGUCCCUAAAGAUGUUUCUGAAGAUUUAUCACAUUCCGAUACACGACUGUCAAUAAUGUUAAACGGUUUCGAAUUACAUUUCUAUAAUCGAUGCGAUCUAUAUAACGAACUCGAGAAAACAUUCGGCCUCGAGCCGGUUAUCAAGGAACGAAACGACGACGACUCCACCGACAGGGAUAAAGCUAUGAACGACGCCAAUGAAAAGAGACGUCGAGCGCAGGAUACAGUGCGCUCAGAGGCCGCCAUGGCGCGCACCUGGCGAGACCUCAUCCCAGUUAUUAAGAUAGACGUGUGCACUAGCCGCGUCGUAUUCGGCAACAAGCUUGUCCCCACCACUCUGUCCAUCAGCGUCGAGGAGGCACAUCUCGUGUACAGCACCAAGCCACCGGCCUCCAGUCUGGACCAUCUGAUGCACUUUGUCAAAGCCAAAGCGGAAAACUGCAAAGUUAUUCUCGCUCCCAGUCCCAACUACACCGCGAUGGUCGACGAACCCCCUAGAUAUAUGGGCGAAGGCUUCGUGGUGAUGAGCUCGAAUUACAUUGAAGUAUAUUUUUACAUGGACGAACCCGGCCUGGUGCCGGAACAGCCGGUACUUUUGCAGCUAGCGAAUGGAGAUAUUGUCGAAUCGGCGCCACCCAUUUGGGGGGUUGACAUCAAAUGUGGAAAAGGAACAGAUUUCAGUUACGGACCGUGGGCCGACAGACAAAGGGAUCACCUUUUCAGAUUUUUCUUUCCACCUAAUUAUAAGUCGCUAGAGGUGACGCCGCAACCGAAGCCUGGCGACAGAAGACAAAUGCAGUCGUUUGAUAUUAGACUGUCGACGUUAAACGAAGCGACGAUAGACAUUCUGUUUACGAAAAACAAAGAAACGAAUGCUGUUCACAUCAACAUCGGCGCCGGAUCAUACAUGGAAGUGACUUUACCGUGGAUUGUGCUGCAAGAUGGAUAUACGACUAAAAUAACAGGUCAACUACUCCACCUGGAAGCGACAACGAGCUUACAGUAUAGAAGCCUAGCGGAGAGCGAAACUCUCGAGUACACAGUGAAAUGUCACUAUCCAUUAGUGUGGAACCACCACCAGUGCUGGCAGCUGUCGUUGACGGGCUGUAAGGCUACGGCACAUUUUGUUUAUACACAUAUCGACUUCUUCCAAGACUUGACGAAUGAUUGGUCGAGCAAAGCCCGGCCAGAUAUUUUGCAUUUUGUUCCAUAUACCUGGAAAAUAUCGUUAUUAUUAAAGGAAUGCGAAGUUUUGACUGUGAGCAAUCAACACAAUUGGAUCGAUUGCAGUUCAACAAAUCAAGAAAAUAACCACGUCGCCUUUUGUGGCGAUCUUCUAGACGUGUCAUUUGAUUUACCGUUCAUUGAUUUCCUUCCGGACGUAAUACCUCUGAAGAUUUGGGUCCAAGGUGAAGCAGUGGAUAUGAGUCUGUACCUACCCGAAGUGAAUACAUCAAGACUGCUUCUGCUGUCUAUUGAUAAAAAUAUGAAAUUGGUACCUUGUCGACUCAAAGCCUCCAAGUGGCGCAGAAAGUGCGUAAAAAGUCAAGGUUGGGUAGAUUGCUGGUCAGUUCCUAUAGUAGCUCUAAGCGUCCGGUACAACUACCACCCCAUUCCACCGCUGGGGCCGGAACCGCAAGCCGAUAUCACCACACCGGAAAAGGAAGAGAUUCUCCUGUCACCAAUGAGAAUACCCCGUAUGAGGAAACAGCCCCAAAUGAAUUGGGUCAUAGAUGGAAAUACAUUCGAUCGCACUUCCCUGCCGCCGGAUAAAGUGAGCGUGGAACUAGAAGUGGGUCCGUCCGUCCUUCUCGCUUAUGGGACAAUCAUUACUAGUUUCAUGAAUUUAUUGGAGAAUAUUUUCGGCGAGGAUCAAAGGUUCACGGAUAUGCAGAAAACGCCGAGCGUGGAUAACCCAUUCUUUAAUGAUAAUCCAAUGAAAUACAACGACAGAAGUAGUAUCAAUCAACAUGUCGAUAUAUCUAUGGACGAUUCAAGCGAUUCCGGCAAGGAGCCAUUUGACCCGCGCCGCUGCCGGCCGCUGGACGUAACCGUUUCCAUCAUAAUACACGAUAUCCAAGCUCAUUUAGUGAAGAAUUGCAGUGAAAACGAGCCGUCGUGCCCAGUCGUACUCAUAGAAAGAUUCGGCUUUGAAAUGGAUAAAAGAUUUAAGGAAACCAAACUUCAGCUGUUACUCAGCCCCUCAAUACUUGUGUCAUCCAAUAACCUGGCGAGACCCAACGCCAACAACACGGGCGCUCUUCAGCAAGGACAUUUGAUGCUCUCGUCGUUUCAACUGCGAGGCAACGGUUUCUUCAGUGACACGAAUCGCUCUGUAGAGGACGAUACCGUGGAGUACGCUUGGAUGAUGGAACUGCAACUUGGCCAACUGACGGGUCGCCUCACGUUGCCGCAACUCUACCAAAUUAUAUCAUCACUCGAAACAUUCUUGUUGCUCAUCUGCGACAGUGAAAACGAAUUAGUGCCACCAAAUUCAGUAAAGCAGUGUCACCACGGCUUAAACACCGUGCUAUGUCCCGAAACAGACUUAGGGCUGAAAUACCGUUGCCCGACUCCUAACGAAAUUAAAUACCGUAUGAUACGUGUUGCAAUCGACCUAAUCGAUAUUUAUGUCGCCGAUUCCAAUACGACUUUACAGUCAUGGAUUUCCCCGAUCAGGUUAACGUUUUGCAAUCUCCAUGGAACGGGUUUCGGAACUGGCAUAACGGGUUUGCUACCAAACAUUAAGCUCGCACUUUACACUCAGACGAACAUGCAAACAAAUACUCACCAUCAUUCCAACAGCAGCACAAAUAGCCAAAACAAACAGACGCUGCCUGAGAGCGAAAAUUGGGUCGGCGUCGGUUCCGUAGCUCUAGGGCCGGUGCUGAUUGAAGCUGCCUCGUCCUUGCCUCAAGCGCCGAGAAACCUCCACUUGGUGCAGCAAAAGUUCCUCAAACUGCACGAUGAUAAAACUAAAAGACUUUGGUUCCUUUGGCCUAACGAAGGCAAGGGCACGCAAUGCGGAUGCACGGGCGGAUGUGCGUUCUUUGGCUCCAAUAGAAAUGGACCCAAUUUCUUAAAGCCGACUCAAUCGGACAUACUAGAGGGCGUAAAUGUAGCAAUGUUCAAUGUCAUCGAAACAUCACCCGGAGAGUAUGGUUAUGGACAGAGCCUCUUGCAUCCGGGUCAACUGGUGUUCCAUACUCCUCCUUAUAACAGCUUAAAUGUUUGUUUGCAGCCGACCAAUGUUUCCACUUUGAUUCCUUCACCAUUACCGCAAGCUUUCAACAAAUCGCCUCUAAGCGCAGAAAGGCGUAGUUUGACGCGACGGUUCUCUUAUACGAGUAUGAGUAAAGGCAGCAACAAUGUCCUCGUUUCCAGCACCAAAAGUGACGUCCCGUACGCCCGCUUAGUGGACUCCACUGUACCACUGGGUACGUCAAAGAUCGACAGUGACUCGAAACUCAACAAGAGUAUUCUCAAUGUUCCACAAAUGGAGAGCAGCGUAUCAGAUUCCAAAUUGGCUCUCAGUUGCGGAGUAAAGGACACGAACGGAGUGUCCAAAAAGCCAGCGCCAACCGAAAGCGAGGUCUUUGUAGCCCCUAAAGUGCCAGCGAGAAGCGUGGCAGUGUCCGAGUCACACUACUCGCUUAACUCUCAGCCGCCUCACGAAGAACUUUUACAGCAAGAAGUUCAACGUACGAUGUCCAUCACCAGCGAAAACCAUUCUGAAGCAUUUUUCUCGGCGGACGAAGAUAUGUUCCCGAGUCGGUCGUCUAGUCUAAAGCAUUCCUUCGGCAGCCGCCACAGCAACCCAAAGGAGAAGAGCUCGUUUGGUAUUAACGAAGCUACCAAUGAGAAGUGGACCAACUCCAUGCCGAGAUCAGAGGUAGUGGACUGCCCCGAUACUAUCAGCAAUCUGAGCGCCGGCGUGCAACCCGACUCGGAAAGCGGAUCCGUCUCUUCUACUUCCUUUAUUUCCGCUAUUUCAUCGCAAGAAGACAUGACCCUUGUCAAUCUGCAUAUGCAAACAAAUAAACCUAUCGUCGAUUCUCCUCUACUAAUGGCCAGCUACAUGCACAAUUUGCCGCAAUACAAAUGUUCCAAUUGGUCCACGUGUUCCUUGCCCACAGGUCGAGAUGCGUUCACUUUGCCGUUGUUUAAAAGGGCAGACGAUGGAUCUCUUGUUUAUAUCGGUCAAAAAUAUCUACCUAAUUUUGAACAGACCGGAAAGGUGAAUAUCUUAAAACUCAUUUCGAAGAAAGAUAGUCACGGUGCUCAAAAUCAACACGGCCCCUUUUCUAAUCUAACGCCGCACUUCAAUUCUCAAAUAAAGGCCCAUCCUUAUCCGCAAGGCUGGUGGGAGUUGCAGCAGAACGUUCAAGAUAAUCAAGAGAACGUCACAGAUAAAAGUUCAGCGUCCAUCGCCACGACGACAAGCGACAGCAAGAGCGGUUUGUUUGUCAAACUGCGCGGAGAAAUCGAUGUUAUGUUGACUCCUUUAGUUCUGGAAAGUACACAAAAGUUCGUCGAAUCAUUGACACCGGUGCUCGCUAAUAUCCAUCCAAUAACCGUCAUAAAUCACUUGAGACUACUCUGCAUUUCCUCUGUGGAAAGCGCCAACGUCUUAAAGCAGAAGCAGUACGUGCAGAACUGGAUGCCACAGCUACAGUCGCACAACCACCCAAGCAUCGUACCCGACAAGGACGACAAAUACAAACUGGCGACCAUUCCGCAGCCGAACGUCUACGAGGAGACGAUAUACGAUCAGCUCCAAGCGACAGUCACGGUGCCCAAAGUCAACGUUAUCUUCAUACAGUCGUCCGUUGUGGAGGAUAUGAUCUCAUUCUCGGCGCUAGAUAACAUACAAGACCUGACUUGCGUUUCUCUUUUCGGAUUAUCGGUUGAGAACAUUGUGGCGAAAUAUGUUAGCUCCAAGAAAACAUUGGAGUCUAUACAACUGUACUACAGGCCGACAUUACGUGCACUGGGGAGUAAAAAGUCCUUCGGCAUCAUGAAGGGGCCUCGGGCUCUUAUAUCUGCGCAAUCUUCAGGACGAAAAAGGGGGCCCGAGAGGGGGGAGCCGGUAUUCAUUGAAACAUCACAGCAGCAGUGUGAGGACACUACUAUCACUCUUAAUGUUGGUAAGGUGCACGGUCAGUUGCGACGCAUACGCAACGAGUCCUCCCAGUUAAAAGACGCCACUGUGACCGGCAUCCCUUGCCAACAUUCCAAAGUCAGUUUCAAGUUUACCAGAGUUGAUCCUUGCAGCAAAGCCUGUGAUACUACGUGUUGCCAGAACGGUGCAACGGAUAUGCAAAAGGAAAGUACGAUUGGAUUCAUAAUGUUUGAAUGUGGACUUGAAGGUGUUUCUAUCAAGGUGUCGCAGCAUUCACAGUCGCACAAGGCCAAUGAAGAGAAGAAGCCUGUGCGCAAUGACGCCGAGAGUUGCCGGGAGUCUGUCAAGUCCGCCGAGGAGUUGAAAUCAGACAAAGAGAGGAGCUCCAAAGGUUACAGGACUUCGGGUAUCGAAGAUUUCUUUAGGAAGAAGGAAUCGAACUCCAAGCCUAGUACUCCUAACUUAGGAGCGGCCCAACCUCCUCCAGUGCCGCCAGAGCCUAUGACUCCCGGGCCGGACGAGCCCUCCGACAGCACGGCGACCAUAGUACCCGUGAAAGACAACGGUAACCGUUCCUCCUGCGCCAUCGACUUGAAGGUGGUUUGGUUCAACUUUGCCGCCCCGCCGCGCACUCCAAUCACUAAGAAGAUCGAUUACACCAGACUGGACUGGAACCUGCUGAGUACGGCCUCGCCUGCGAUAAACGCGUGGAUGAACCCGUGCAACCGGCUAGGCAUCCGCGUGGUGGCGCUGUACCGCGCGCGCGCUCGCCGCCUCGCCGCCACCGCCGCCAGCCUCAUGGCCGCCGCGCUCGACCGCGCGCCCACGCACACGCUGCCCAAGAGCCGGUACGGGCGGCACACGCCGAUGGCGCGGCAGCUGCGCGAGGAGCCCUCGCUGCAGCUGUGCGGCGUGCUGCUGCGCUACGCGCUGCAGGCGGACGCGGCCGCCGUGCAGGCUGACCUCGCGGAGCGCCAUCUGCCCUCGCUGUCCACCCUCCGACAGGGUGUGAUAGUCCUAAGUCGUCAAUGGAAGAACAUACUAUACACGCCGUUGCUGCUGGAACACAACUACAAGAGCAAGAUGAUGAAACCUCUCAACGUUACCUUCGCAUUGCCCGACUUGUUAGAGGAUUCAGUGGAGGGCUGGCAGGAAUACCAAUUGGAAAAUGAAGCACUAGAUGAGAAUUGUCUGCUCUUGAAUAUGGAAGCGGAUAAAUUGAACAUUCCUUUGCGGGGCGCGCAGAGCAGCCGGGCGAGCCUAGUCUUUCCUUCUCUACCGUUCUCCACCAGAAAAACGCCUUUCCAAGACGAUGCCAUCGCUAAUUAUGGAACGCUAAAAGAAGAUCUACCAACUGUGGGGUCGAACCCAUCUCUGUACUCGCCCCAUGGCAGCCAUGACGACAUGGCCAACGAGCAGGCUCGCGAGGACCUCUACCAAUGGAUGGCCAAACAGGAACCAAUAAAAGUCGAGCCAAAGACAAAGAAGCCAAUAAUCCCCGCUUCUAAGAUGAACCCGCGCGCGGUGGCGGCGUACCUCGCCGCCACCGCAGACAUCGGCCUCUUCGAGCACACGCUCUCCACAGACCUCCUCAACCAUUUGGUCUUCGUCCAGAAGGUCUUUAUGAAGGAAGUAAACGAAGUAGUACAGAAGGUGUACGGCGGUGAGAAGCCCGUGCCGCUGUGGAAUGAAGAGGAAGCGUCGUCCUCCGCGCUUAGCAGGAUAUUAUUCUCACUUAUUAUAAGGAUCAAGCGCAUUCAACUGACGGCGACGACGCCGAGCAGCUCCGCGGUGCGUCUAGAAACGGGCGCUGUGGAGUUCGAGCUAUCCAACCGCGUGCAGAACGUGCCCGCCGCCGCCGCCGCGCCGCACGACCUGCGCCUGUUCGCACGCGCGCAGGUGGACGUUAACCUGAGUCUAGGACAACUGAUCCGCAAUGCGAUGUUCGAAGAAGCAGAGCCGGAAUUCCAGCAAUAUGCAUUCUUUAACACCAGAAUAUCAAUGCGCAACGCGUUCCAAGAAGAGCUGAGCAGACAGGAGGAGCUCGGGGAAGAGAAGGAGGUGGUGCUGAUCACGCUGAAGCGGCCGCUGGUGUACGUGCAGCCGGUCGCCGUGGACAAGGCCAUCCUCGUCUGGCUCAACUACAAGAACGCCUACGAGUACUGGAACGAGAAGCGGCUCAACCUCAACAAGGAGGUGCUCACUGCUACACAACAGGUCUUCGAGAAGGUGCAGUUAACAUCGCAGAUCACGACUCCACAUCUCAGCACCCUAUUCCUGCAACUCAAUGUCGAUGACAUCGGCAUCUGUCUGCCUCUCAACCAACCUCCACUUGCGACAUGGGGACGCGGCGCGUGCGAGCAGGACAGCCGCGGCGCUGUCGUCGUCACUCUAGAGAGCACCAGCAUCUCCGCCUGCAGCUCAGGAUCACUCGUCAGCAAGGGUCGAUUUGUGGGUCUAUGUCUGCGGUUUGCGGAGGACUUUGAGGCGUCACUAGACGACUGGAAGCCGGAGCCGGCGGAGGCCACCACCAACGUGUGCUGCGUCUCUGAAGGGACAUACGAGGUCUGCAGCCGAACCACCGCGGCCAAGCACAAUGAGAAUGCGAAGUGGUUCCUGAACGUCUCGUGGCAGAUGGAGGGCGUGGACAUCCACCUGGAUGUCAGUGUGGGCAAGCAGCUCUCCGCCCUCGGACACACACUUACCAUGCUCACAGGAUUCGAAGAGGAAGACCCGUUCCCGAAGAUGGAUCCUUACGAAAGCGACUUAGACGACGAGGCCGAUAACAGCAAAGGCUCUCAGGAGAGCAUAGUGUACCGGCGCAAGUACGCGGACCACCUUCCGGCGUUCGUGUUCGACGCCAGCCUCGACAGCAAGAAGCGCUCCAAGCUGAUAGAGCAGGAGAUGCCGCGCCUGCCGCCCGCUCCUGACCUCACUGUCUUCCGUGUGCCCGGACUGCAGCUCAAGGUGCAUUACGAGUCCAAAACCCUGCCGGAGGAGGUGUCGCUGCCGCUGGGGCUGGCGGCGCGCAAGCUGGCCACCAAGAAGGCGGCGCUCUUCGCCUGGAUCACGCUGCAGAGCAUCCCCGAGGAGACCAUCAUCAGCCCGCACAUACUGGAGUUCCUGGAGCAGACGCUCGAGCCCAUACCCACAAAGGCUUCCUUCUCAGCGCCAACACCAGAGGGCGAGAGCUCGCCGCGCGCGCGCUCGGGGGCGUCGUACGGCCAAUACGUGUACGCCUCCUUCCCCGUGGACGUGAUCGUGCACUUCCACACGCGGCCCUCCGCCUUCCGCUUCAGCUGCCUGCCCGCCUCGCGCGUCGAGUGCCUGCUGCAGCUGCCCAGCCUGCGCAUCGUCUUCAGCUCCAAGCGCGCCGGCGACGAGGAAAUGGCGGAGCCCGCGGUGGCGAUGGGCGGGCUGAGCGUGACAGGGUGCCUGGCGGACUUCUCAGUGUACAUCUUCCACCCCUACGGCGGCAAGAAGUCCAGCCUCAAGGAGGCGCAGUGGUCGCCCCUCGCCGACACCGAGCGCAAGGACUCGCUCAGCGUCAACGUGGAGUUCGUCAAGUUCCACCUCUCCCGCUCCCGCAAGCUGGACUUCCACACAGACCAGGACCACUCCAAGGCCACCGUUAGGUUCUCAACGAUCGUCGACGUGGGCUCCGCGUGGUUUAAAUACGACAUGCGGCGUCUGGGCGAGAUCCUCGCGUUCCCGAAGGCGUGGUACCGGCGCAGCAUCGUGCGCCGCAUGUUCCUCGGCGACGUCAGCGUGCACCACGACAGACACGACAGGCACGAGCGACACGACAGGCAUGACAGACACGACCGCCAUGACAGACAUGCGCACGCGCAGACAGGAUCAAGCAACAACGCCCCCGUGUCGCCCGUACUGCCGCAGAGAGAGAAAGCGAAGACUGUUGAAACACCAAAGCUUAAAGAGAGUACAGGAGACAGUGGUGGUGGAGGGGCGGCGUGGGAGACACUGGUGCUGUUCGCGGUCAACUUCACGCGACUCAACGUGCACAUGAACAUGGGUAACGUCAUGGGCAAUGUCAGCUGGCAGAGCCGGUCGCUGGGCGCGUCGGGCCGGCUGAGCAUCGGCAGCACGCACCGCCGCCACAUGGUGGUGCGCGUCGAGCUCGGCGCCUCCGCGCUGGACGCGCGCGCCGGCAUCGUCGGCGGCGCCAUCUCCCUCGCCGCACUGCGCGCACACCUGCACAUAGAGGAGGAGCCGGGCUGCAACCCGGGACACGUGCUGGGCGUGCAGCUGGCCGCGCUGGAGCUGCGCCUCGAGUACAUGGGCACGGUGAUCUUCGCGCUGCCCGCGCUGCAGCUGCACCUGCGCACGCGCCACCUGCAGCGUGCAACCACGCCCACUGACCAAGACGAGAAGCCGGUGGUGGAGUGCAGCUUCAUCACGGAGUUCGAGGACCAUAUCUUCGUGUCGGUGGACGCGGAGGCGUUCCUCUUCCUGCACGACCUCAUCUCCUCAUACAUCAAGGAGAAAGACCGCGUGAUGCCGGGCGCGCGCGGUGCGGGGGGCGCGGCGGGCGCGGCGGGUGCGGCGGGCGCGGAGGGCGCGGCGCCGCAGGACUACCGCGACUACCGCUGCCUCACGUGGCAUCUAGAGCCUACCGUCAGGUUGCUGUCGUGGGCGGGCAAGUCCAUAGAGCCGUACGGCGUGGACUACAUCCUGCAGAAGCUGGGCUUCAGCCACGCGCGCACCACCAUUCCCAAGUGGCUGCAGCGCGGCGCCCUCGACCCGCUGGACGCGCUGCUGGCGGCCGUGCUGCUGCGCCUGGUCGCGCUGCUGCCGCACAAGACCUAGCUCUACCUAGCCACACCGCUGGCUCCCAGCUCUGAUAUCGCUUUUUUAUAAAAGGUAACCAAACCAUAGACAUUCGAAAUUCCAGAUGCCUUGUUUUCGACGGAGAUGCAGUAAAGAGGAUAUUUCUCCUGUCUAUGUCUCCUCCACCGCCAAUUCCACUUCCAAGAUGGGAAGGGAAAGGAACUAUAGUAAGACUUAAGGUUAUAAUACAUUGAAUUGUAUAUCCACUAUAAAUACCGUGUUAAUAAACUUUUAUUGAUUGUAAAGGUUCAAAGACAUCAUUCGUAAUAAACGCGAUGUCCUCACAUUGAACAAUAUUAAGGUAUUUGUAAAAACAAACGUCCUUGAAAAUUCUAGAAAACUGUAAUUAAAUAAAUGUCACACAGAUCUCAAAAUAUUUAUAUAGCUAGCGAAAAUAAUUAACCAAACUUUAAUAUUAUAUCACGUUUUUAACAUUGAUAUGUAGAAAAAAAUAACACAUCUAACUCGAACUUACAAGUACAUUAAUUUUUGGUUAAGUUUACUAUUUUAAUUUUCACCGAAUUUUUAUAUUAAAAGACUUUAUUUACUAUAA